CUCGGGAACGUCACCGAGAGGCCAUGGGGGGCUCCGGAAUAAAUGACGCCCCUGGGCCUAAAGAACGCGGGCCUCGGUUCCCGGGGUUCCGGCAAGCCGAGCGGGCCGCGGGCUCCCGCGCGCGCCCCGCGGGGUUGUCAUGGGCAUCUCCCAGGCGACGGGCCCCGCACCAAGAUGGCGGAGGAAAAGGACCGGGAAGGAACAGAGGCAAUAGUGGCAGAAUUUCAUAAGAAGAUCAAAGAUGCCUUUGAAGUGUUUGACCAUGAAACAAAUAAUACAGUAGACGUGAGAGAGAUUGGGACAAUUAUCAGGUCACUGGGAUGCUGCCCUACUGAAGGAGAGCUACAUGAUUUCAUUGCAGAGGUAGAGGAAGAGGAACCAACUGGAUACAUUCGAUAUGAAAAAUUUCUUCCAGUGAUGACCAGAGUACUUCUGGAAAGAAAAUACAGACCAAUUGCUGAAGAUGUCCUUCUUAGAGCUUUUGAGGUUUUGGAUCCAGCUAAACGAGGAAUUCUGACUAAGGAAGAGCUGGUCAAGUACAUGACUGAGGAAGGUGAGCCUUUUUCUCAAGAGGAAAUGGAAGAAAUGUUAUCUGCUGCAAUUGAUCCUGAAUCAAAUUCCAUCAAUUACAAGGACUACAUAACAAUGAUGGUGAUAGAUGAAAAUUAAAUGCUCCAAAGACUUAAUUUCUUUUCUCUUCUUUUAAGACAACUGUACACUAAUUGAAAAGAUAGUUUGAAAAAUUGCUUGUUCUAAUUAAUUUCACAUUUUGGAUUGUAAUUUUUAUAUUUAGUGCCUUGUGCCAUAAUUGUUUCAAGGUAUUCUAGAGAUGACCAAUUUAAAACAUAAAUUUGUUUAAUAGGACCAGAUUCAUGGAAUGACAAGUUGAUUAUUUAAAAGGAAUUAUAAAAUAUUUUAGCAUUAAAUGUAUUAUUGCUUAUUUUCCACAACUAGGCCAAUGUUACCUUGAAAUUAAUUAAACAAAAAAUGAAGAUUGAUCCUAGCACCCUAAGAUUGGCAUAGAAGGAAAGCUCUUGUGGGGCAGAAUGGUCCCAGCCUGGACAUGGACGGCACCGUGGUGCUGGACGUGGACGGCACUGUGGUGCUGGACGUGGAUGGCACUGUGGUGCUGGCUGCUUUUUAGAGCCGCGUAAACACUUGAGCAGGCUGAGUGUGGGGAGAGCGACUGGAGUAACCACUAAUAAUUGAUUUCUUGUGAAUGCCAAUUACAAAUCUCAUUUGGGAGUCUAAUAACUUUGUGUAAAAUUGAAAUUUGCUCAUCCAGCAUGUUGCCAUUUAUGGAAUAGCUAAAGGAGGUGAGAUAAUUGAGUCCAGAGAAAGGAAGACUGAAUGAGAUCUGAUAAUGGCAAUUCCUCUUUAGAAUCCUCAGCUAUUCAGAAUAUCUGUCACGGGAAUAUUGUCCUGAGGACUGAGUGUAUCGAGCCUGUUGUUACCAGAAUGUAGUACCUGAAAUGGACUGACUCCAUAAGAAAGAGGUUCAUUUAGCUCACAUUAUAGAUGGUCAAGGCCCAGGCAGCAUUGUGCACCCCAAGCUAGGGUCACUCUUGCAUGCAUCUCGCCAAAGUGCAGCUAGCCAGACAGGAGCACAUGGUUGAGCAAGCAGGAGAGAGAGGCUGGGAGGGAGUCAGCUUUGCGCGUUUACAGUGGUCCUCUCACAAGACUUAC